AUGGCUUCUGCUCGUAAAGAAAUUGGAAUCACAUAUGAUGACUUAUUGGCUUAUAUUGUUGUCAAUCCUAAUAAAGUAACCGAAAUUGAAGAAACCCUCGGAUAUGAGCAAUCCAUUGCUGGUAAUUUUCCUAAUGUAGCUUCCCUACAGAAAGAAAUUGAGGAUCUUAGUCUUAGAGCGGAAAGUGGUUUUAAGAAGGUACACCACCUUGUGGAAAUAUCGAGCCUUUCAUCAGGUUUUGUACCGGAAACUGAAUUGGGUAAAGAAGUAAUAGACAAUGGAACAGAAAUUACCUUCCCGCUCAACAUAACGCAAAGUAUUAAAGGACGUGCACUUGGAAGGUUUUCAGAAACACCUGGUAGAGAUGCAAGUGAAAAAGAAAUACAAGAUUACUUUAUGAGCGAAUGUUAUGAACUAGAAAAUUAUGAACCUAUAAAAAAAAAGCUUAAGCUUAUUGUUAAAGAUACACGCCGAUCACUGGUAUUAGGAACUCGGAAACCAGAUUUUGUAUUUAUUCAAAAAAAUACAAAUGUAGAUUACUUAAAUAUUAUGGCCGUUGGUGAGGUAAAGAAACAAUCUGGUGAAAACUUUAGCAACGCGCAAAUAGGACAAGCAAUAUCAUUUGGUGAAAAACUACUUCAACUUCAACCACGGCGAAGUUCUGUUUUAGUACUUUUGACAAAUUGUAUUAUCAUUAAUAUUUAUAGGGUGACUAGGGUUGAUUUUGAUCAACAGACCCGGUACAAAUAUGAAUUUGUGCCACCCCAGCCUUUAUUAUAUAACUCUAAUAGAAGUGACAAUGGAUGGAAAUACCUGGUAACAAUUAUGGAAAGCUCUCCUCAAGACUUGGGAUGGGUUGAACCAUCAUUGAAAUUUGGUAGUAACACUGUAAUACUGACUCGACCUAUUAGUAUGGGUAGAACAAGUGUUGUUUAUGAAGGAAAACAUAAUGGUAAAUCUGUGGCUGUGAAAAUGGCGAAGAAGACAAAUUAUUAUUCUUAUUUUGAUAGAGAAAGAAGAGUAUUGGAAAAUCUGUCAAGUUUGGAAUCACCUCAUAUUCCAAAAAUCCUUUUUUACAACGAUGAUACCCUUGUCAUGACUCCACUUGGUGAGAAAAUUAAUAAUUUGCGAAAGAAAGAUGUCAGAGAUAUCAUUACCACCCUCCAAAAUGUUCAUUCACUUGGUAUUAUACAUAGAGAUCUUAGGAAAUUCAACUUUCUUCGUAAUUUAAAUGAUUUAAAUAGUAAUAUUCUUAUUGUCGACUGGGGUUAUAGCACGAAUAAUUCUGAAAGUACCUUACCAUUUGCAGGGGCAUUGGAGUGUAUGCCGGACUAUGUCCUGCAAUCAUUAAUUAACGAGGAAGAGAUUACUUAUGAACCACAGGUUGAUUUAAUCUGUUUCGUGCGAUCAUUUUACCUAAUGCUUCAUAAGCCAUCAUUAACCUUUGGUAAAGAUGAUGAUAUCAAACAACGAGCAAGCGUGUUGUUAAAUUUCUGGAAAGAUUGUAGACGAUCAGAUAUAUGGGAUAAUGUUUAUAAUACAAUAGAAGCCUCAGACUACGAGCAAUUAAUUCAACAUCUUGAAGAAUUGUUUUAG